GUGACGAGAGAAUGUGAGACGAAAAUUACGGUUGAAAAUCUGUCUCAGACCAAUGUUUUUUAAUCAAGUCAUCCAUAGGGUGGCAGGACGGUUCUUAUCCUCUUCAGUUUCCAUGGAGUGAUGGAAACUAGGUCACAGUAAACCAAAUUAAACCGGCGACUGGCCUAAAGCGGUCUUGGGCUGCUGUAUGUUCCAGAAACUGAAGCAGUUUAACCAGCCCCUCGUGUAGCCGGCAGGAAAUGGGGUUGAAUAGCUUGUUCCGGAGAGGAUGUUGGUGUAUGUGAGAGUCCAGUGGUAGAGUACUUGAGCAGUCCCCCCUAAAAGCUAACGAGUAUGGCAUAUGCUGCAGCAAGGACUGUCAAAAUCGUUCCGCAGGAGAACAUGGAGGUCUCCAUGGUGAGGGUGUACGCAGGACCACUGACCCGGGACCAAGACUCUGUUCUCAUCCCGGCAGAACGUACCACUACUGUUACCCAGGUACGCAAUCUGGUCGUCACCAAACUGAAGAUGGGCAGCUCGGAGGACUAUGAGCUGUCUGAAAUUGUUGUCUCUGAUGGCCAAUUGUGUAAGGAGCGUAAACUCGGCCCAGAAGAAUACCCCGUUCAACUGCAGGCCCUAUGGCCACAGAUGAUUAAUGCUGAGGUGGAUCAAGAAAAAGGUCUGGUCUCAGGCUAUAGAUUUUACAUUCACAAAAAGGACUCUGAUUCCCUCAGCAGAACGCCCUCAUGGGCUGAGCGAAGUGAUGUGGCAGAUUUUCUCACAUCUUUUCUGCGGCAGUCGACCAGCAAUAAGGAAUACCCAGACUUGUGCAAUCUGCCUGACCUCAAUGAACAGACUUUACUGGAAAACAUAAAGGCUCGCUUUGUCAGUGGCAACAUUUACACCUAUGUCGGAUCCAUCCUCAUUGCUGUCAAUCCCUUCAAAUUCUUCCCUAUUUACAACCCCACCUAUGUCAAAAUGUACCAGAACAAAAGACUGGGAGAGUUACCUCCCCACAUCUUUGCCAUUGCUGAUGCAGCUUUUCACAAAAUGUUACGGACCAAGCAGAACCAAUGCAUAGUGAUAUCUGGGGAAUCGGGGUCAGGCAAAACAGAAAGUACCAACCUCCUCUUACACCAUCUAACUGCCCUCAGCCAGAAGGGCAUGCAUGCCAGUGGGGUGGAGCAGACAAUACUAGGGGCAGGACCUGUCCUAGAGGCCUUCGGCAAUGCCAAAACAGUUCAUAACAAUAAUUCCAGUCGGUUUGGCAAGUUUAUCCAGGUGAACUACAAAGAAAAUGGAAUGGUCCACGGAGCUGUUGUCGAGAAAUAUCUACUGGAAAAGUCCAGGAUUGUUGCUCAAGCCAAAGAUGAAAGAAAUUACCAUGUAUUUUAUUACCUGUUGGCUGGAGCUGAGAAGAAAGAAGUUGAUGAGCUACAGCUGUAUUCCCCUGAAAAAUACCACUAUUUGAACCAGAGUGAGUGUUGCACACUGGAGGGGGUGGAUGAGGUGCACGAGUUUGCCCGACUCCGCGAGUCCAUGGAAUUAGUCGGGUUUUCCGCGGAGGCUCAGGGGAGAAUCUUCUCUGUGCUGUCUGCUGUUUUACAUUUGGGAAACAUAGAGUUUAGAAAGAAAGGGGACCAGUCUUACGAUGAGUCAGUGAUUGUGAAAAACAUGCCCACCAUUACAAUAAUCUCCAAUUUACUAAAGGUGAAAGAGAACACGUUGUUGGAGGCAUUAACACAGAAAAAGACAAUAGCAGGGGAGGAAACUCUGGUGCUCAACUACAAGAUGGAAGAGGCUAUUGCCACGCGAGAUGCCAUGGCCAAAUGUUUGUACGGAGCAUUAUUUGACUGGAUUGUACUGAAGGUGAACCAUGCGCUGCUGGCAAAGCGCCAUCACAGUGAACACCAGCCGGCCACAGAAUCCUUACCUUCGUACAUCAAACAAUUUGGUUCUGAUCUAGACAACUCAAUAGGCGUCCUGGACAUAUUUGGAUUUGAAGAUUUCCAGAAAAACCACUUUGAACAGUUCUGCAUAAAUUAUGCAAAUGAACAUCUGCAGUACUACUUCAAUCAGCACAUAUUUAAGUUUGAACAGGAGGAGUACAGAAAAGAAGGGAUCGAGUGGAAGAACAUAGAGUUCAUAGAUAACACAGGCUGUCUGGAACUCUUCUCAAAGCGCCCUAACGGCCUGUUCUGCCAGCUGGAUGAGGAAUGCAACUUUCCUGCGGGGACAAAUGACAGUCUACUGGAGAAGUACCACCAGCAGCACAGGUCUAGCCCUUACUACAGUGCCCCCACCCUGAGGGAACCAGCCUUCUGUAUAGAGCAUUAUGCUGGCAAAGUCAAGUACACCAUCAAUGAUUUCAGGGAGAAAAAUAAUGACUUGGUGCGCAUGGACAUAGUGGGAGUUCUGAAGAACAGUAGCCUGGUGUUUGUUAGGGAACUCAUGGGUGUCGACCCUUUGGCUGUGUUGAGAUGGUCAAUUCUCAGAGCUGUGUUCAAAUGUGUGUUUGCCUUUAAAGAUUCUGGCAAAAGAUACCAGAAGAGAGGAGGACGACAAGAGAAGCGGCGCUCCUUGCACAUCACCACAGCAGGCCCCCACGCCGAGGUGGGGUUAAGUGUUGACCCAGCUGUGACUACAAAUGGCACUGACGAAUGCUUGUCAGACCUGAUCAAUGAAGAGGCACUUGUGUUGUUGUCGCAGCAGCCUAACCUCUCUAAAGCAGACUGCAGGGUGAUACGUAAAGCCAGCAAGGUUCUCCUGAAAAACAAGCCAACCAAACUUAAGACAAGGCAGCACAGGAGUUCUCAUGACAUCCGGACGUUAAAAUCCAUUGCCAGCCGAGCCAAAUUUACAGGGGGUAAACUGACGUCUAAGAAAGCGCCGCCGAGUGUCAGUACACAGUUCCAGUGGUCACUAACUCGGCUAUUGGGUACCCUGAACCAGGCUAAUCCUUUCUUCAUCAGAUGCAUCAAAUCUAACGCAGAAAAGGCUCCUUGUAAGCUUGAUGAUGCCAUUGUCCUGAGACAGUUACGUUACACUGGUAUGUUAGCCACUGUCAAGAUACGACAGUCUGGCUACAACUACAGACUCAGUUUUGAUGAGUUCAGUCAGAUGUACAAGAUCCUGUUGCCCAAUGGUGAGUCCAGUUCUCAGGAAGAUAUCAAAGCAUUCCUGGAGAAGAGAGAUCUGAACAAGGACAACUACCAAGUGGGAAUUACUAAGGUCUUUUUAAGAGAAGCGGACAAAAUUUUGCUGGACGAGGCGUUGCAUAAUGCUAUCAUGGAGAGAGUGGUGCGAAUCCAGCGCUGGAUGAAGACAUUACUGCAACAACAACGUUUCCAGGCCAUUCGAGUCACCGUACUGGAGACUCAGCGUUUGGCUCGAGGCUACCUGGCGAGGCGUCGUGUAGAGGCCCUGAAGAGUGCCAUCAUUGACAUACAGUGCUGGGUGCGAGGGUAUCUGCAGAGAAAGAAGUAUGCCGCCAUUUUUGAAUCAGUAGUCUUCAUACAGCGAAUGGUUCGGGGUUACAUAGCAAGGAAAAGGUAUCGUAGCCUGCUGUGGGGAAAACGCCAAGCCGAGGAGGAAGCUGGAUCGCAGAAAAAGGAGACUUCCUCGACAAGUGAUCGAGGAUCAAGUGCUGAGGACCUGGAUAAUGAGGACCAGCAGGGCAAGCGAUUGAGCUCAGAAAGUAGUGGUAUUCUGGAGGAUGCUGAUAUUGACCAUCUCCUCGAUAAAGCAAAGGCUACCAUUCCUGCCUCUGCUAGCCCCCUCCCCUCUUCCCCUUCCCCUCAGAGUCCUAACACCCCUACUAAGGCACCCCUGGCUUUCCUUCCCCCGACUUCCACAGUAACGCCCCCAGUACAGCAAUCCCUGCCACUGGCCCGCACCUAUCCUCAUGUGACUGUUCAUGCUAAAAGCCCAGCCCGAAGUCCAGCCGAUGAAGAAGACUACCUUGUCAUAGCCAAAAACUCUUCCAACCGUGUCCAAGCAUUGCGUGAAGGAUUUGCUUCAAAACAAGAUGAGGAUUUGGCAAAGAUAACUCCCGGGAAAAAGAAAAUGAUGAGCACCAUGAGUGCCCCAUUAGCCAAGCAAGAAUCAAUUUCUGAUAUAAGUCCGGAGGAACCUGUCAAACCCAAACCACGGACAUCUAAAAAGGGUGUCAGUCUCAGUUUGCCAAAAAAGGACGCCAUUGAAGAGGCUCUGAAGAAACACAAGGACCGAGGGCCGGACCCUCAUUCUGCCCAGAGCCCCAGCCCUGAGAAGAACACUCUGCUCCAGAAAAUAUCGAACAUGAUAGGACAGAUCCGGGAAGCUAAGGGCUGCAGCUCUCCAUAUCAUAUACUCAGGCACACACGAAGUACAUUGAAUCAGCUCAGGGAUCAGUCCAAGUCCAAAGUUAAGCGAGACCAGCAGCGUUCUCAGGAAGAAAGUGAUGAAGAUCCUAAGUGGAGACCUCAAGAUCUUGGGGUGCAGGUUCUGCCAGUGUUAACCAACUCUCCACUGUCACCCAGGAAGACUCGGGACCCACCCCAGACCGAGCCCAAGCAAACUACACCGCCACGGAAGGAAAAGAGAGUGUGGCGUAGACCACCACAUGUGGAUCCCAAUGUCACUCAAGAGAAGGAACAGAAUUUCAACCUUGGCAAAAUGUAUCAGUGGCAGUAUGACCCUAACCUCAUCAUAUCCAACAUCCAUGUACUUCAACAGCUUGACGAGUUCCUAGCCAAAAAGAUGAAAGAGCUGAAUAAAGAUCAAGGGAAAAGGGACACAAUUUGCGAUGUGAUUUUCAAGAAGGCACUGCGAGAAUUUCACUACGAUAUGAAAGCUUCGAGUGGCAUAGGCAUGCAGGAGGGCACUGUAAACAUCAAGUACCGGGACAUAAUGAAGCAGUUUGAGAACAUCAUCAUGUCCCAGGCCAAGAGGGAGAACACAAACGCCACAUUCCCAGUCACCAUGGGGGUGAACGCCUUCCGGGGCUUCCUGGAUGAGUUCAUGAGGCAGGAGAAAAAACCGCAUAAAAAUCCAAAGAGGACAGGAGAGAAGAUGAAGAAGGCACGGAAAGACUUCAUUGAGCACUUAAGUCACAGGCUUCUUCACACCCAAUUCAACAUUCCAACGUUUUGUGAAUCCUGUUCAAACCUGAUGUGGAUCCGAGAAAAAGGCCUCGUCUGUCAGUAUUGUAAAUAUACCUGUCACAAACGCUGCUACAAUAAGUCCAAUCAACCUUGUAAAGGCUACAAAGCUGCCCAGGACAACAAUCAGUCUGGUUAUGCCAUAUUUGGUGCUCCCAUAUUCCGGUUCUGCAAGGAUAGCCCUGGCUGGUCUGUGAUAGAAAAACUCAUCAACACCAUAGAAACACAGGGUCUCUACACGGUGGGCAUCUACAGGAAACCAGGGGCUGCUCAGAAAAUCAAACAACUUAAAACAGCCAUGAAUGAAGACUGUGAUAAUGUAGAUUUUGAGGAAUACCACAUUCAUGUUUUAACGACCACCCUGAAGAACUUCUUCCGAGAAAUGCCAGAGCCUCUACUUACCUUUGACCUUUACGAUGACUUUAUCAAAGCAGCAGAGGUUGUAGAUGAGAAGGACAAACUGCAGGGAUUGUACGCUGUGAUAGAUAAGCUUCCGCGUGACAACCAUGACCUAUUUGAGAGACUUAUAUUUCACCUGGCCAGAGUCGCCCAGCAUGAACACAGCAAUAAGAUGUCCCCAAAUGGCCUGGCCAUAUUGUUUGCUCCUUGUUUGAUGUGGACGAAUAAAAAACUACAAGCACAAGAUUCCUUAGACCUGGUACCGAAACAAACUAUGUGUAUAGAGUAUAUCAUUAAAAAGCAGCUGAACAAACUGAAGACAACGUUAGCAGAUAUUUCCACACUGGAGUCUGCUCAGGAAACUGCGGCGCAAAGACUUUCUGUGGUGGCAGCUGUAGUACGGGCCAGCAUGAGGGUACACAAGACCAAAGAGGAGGUAACAUCGUCUCUGCCGGAGGUUGUAGAAGAGGAUGAACUGGAUGUAUCGAGGGCUCAGGCAGAGGUCAAGGUCCUGUCUGAACAUAUCAACUCCCUCACCCGAGAAAAGAACACUUUGACCUCUAAGUUACCCACACUGGAGCUGCGCCACGUCAGCACAUCAGAUGACGACUUCACCAGCGAUUUCCUCAGUAUGGACGAUGCAGAAAGCACUCUAGACUCGCUGGAUGACAAUGAUGAGGCGUAUGAGGAGUAUGCAGUAACCUUUGACCUCCCAGUGGCUCCACCACAGUUACAGCACCUGAACAAGGGGAGGGCAGCACUGCCUGCCCGACAUCUCCCCGUACGCUAUGAGGCUGCCGUGAAAAAGGCCAAGGAGAAGGAGAGGAUAAACCAGUACAGUAGUGUGAUGGAGCUGGAAUCCCGCUACAUCAACUUCCCCAGAAACCUCAACCGCAUCAGGGAAGAAGGGGCUGAAAUAUUAGUCUAGUACAUAAUUUACGUCAAAAUAUUUAGAUCAGGUCACAGUGCAUUACUCCGCACUGUCAGGGGAUGAGGUCACACAAGACGAGAGUUCCCAGGUAUUCAAGGAUAGGGUCAGGUCACACAAGACGAGAGUUCCCAGGUAUUCAAGGAUAGGGUUAGGUCACACAAGACGAGAGUUCCCAGGUAUUCAAGGAUAGGGUCAGGUCACACAAGACGAGAGUUCCCAGGUAUUCAAGGAUAGGGUCAGGUCACACAAGACGAGAGUUCCCAGGUAUUCAAGGAUAGGGUCAGGUCACACAAGACGAGAGUUCCCAGGCAUUCAAGGGUAAUGUCAGGCAAGAUAUGUUUCCAGGUAUUCUAGGACAAGGUCAGGCAUGAUUUGUUUACAGGUAUUGAAGGAUAAGGUCAGGUCACUCAAGACGUGAGUUCCCAGGUAUUCAAGGAUAAGGUCAGGCAAGAAGUGUUUACAGGUAUUCAAGGAUAAGGUCAGGUCACUCAAGACGUGAGUUCCCAGGUAUUCAAGGUUAAGGUCAGGCAAGAAGUGUUUACAGGUAUUCAAGGAUAAGGUCAGGUCACUCAAGACGUGAGUUCCCAGGUAUUCAAGGACAAGGUCAGGCAAGAAGUGUUUACAGGUAUUCAAGGAUAAGGUCAGGUCACUCAAGACGUGAGUUCCCAGGUAUUCAAGGACAAGGUCAGGCAAGAAGUGUUUACAGGUAUUCAAGGAUAAGGUCAGGUCACUCAAGACGUGAGUUCCCAGGUAUUCAAGGAUAAGGUCAGGCAAGAAGUGUUUACAGGUAUUCAAGGAUAAGGUCAGGUCACUCAAGACGUGAGUUCCCAGGUAUUCAAGGAUAAGGUCAGGCAAGAAGUGUUUACUGGUAUUCAAGGAUAAGGUCAGGUCACUCAAGACGUGAGUUCCCAGGUGUUCAAGGAUAAGGUCAGGCAAGAAGUGUUUACAGGUAUUCAAGGAUAAGGUCAGGUCACUCAAGACGUGAGUUCCCAGGUAUUCAAGGAUAAGGUCAGGCAAGAAGUGUUUACUGGUAUUCAAGGAUAAGGUCAGGUCACUCAAGACGUGAGUUCCCAGGUAUUCAAGGAUAGGGUCAGGCAAGAAGUGUUUACAGGUAUUCAAGGAUAAGGUCAGGUCACUCAAGAUGUGAGUUCCCAGGUAUUCAAGGAUAGGGUCAGGCAAGAAGUGUUUACAGGUAUUCAAGGAUAAGGUCAGGUCACUCAAGACGUGAGUUCCCAGGUAUUCAAGGAUAGGGUCAGGCAAGAAGUGUUUACAGGUAUUCAAGGAUAAGGUCAGGUCACUCAAGACGUGAGUUCCCAGGUAUUCAAGGAUAAGGUCAGGCAAGAAGUGUUUACUGGUAUUCAAGGAUAAGGUCAGGUCACUCAAGACGUGAGUUCCCAGGUAUUCAAGGACAAGGUCACAUAUGACAGAAGUUCCUGUGUAUUCAAGAAUAACAUCAGACAAGACAUUAGGCCCCAAGUGUUCAAUGAUACUGUUAGACAAGACAUGAGUUAAUGGACAAUGUUGUUUAAUGUCAGACAAGACAUGAGUUAAUGGACAAUGUUGUUUAAUGUCAGACAAGACAUGAGUUAAUGGACAAUGUUGUUUAGUGUCAGACAAGACAUGAGUUAAUGGACAAUGUUGUUUAAUGUCAGACAAGACAUAAUUAAGGCUGAGGUCAGACAAAACAUGAAUCUUUACAUGAGGUCAAAAAGGGGUGUCUUGAGAUAUUCUUGUGUAUCAUUAAACAUGGUCCUUGUUUGUUUAUUUUUUGUCUUGGUAGGAUAAGAUACAGGUAUAUACUCCAGAUAUAUAUGCAGAAGAUGAUGUCUGAUACAGAGCUUUCUUAUCCCGGUCAGACAAGGUUUAGCGAAUGACUUGCUUACGGUAUGGUAUGUGUUAAAAGUUCAAGCAGUUCAGGUAUGAAUUUCCUUCUCCAGCGUAUUGAAAUAAUGAACAAGAUAAUUAAUUGUAGGCCCGAUAUUCCAGGUGUGAGACAAUGUACAUGUAAGAUUUAAGAUCAUGGCAGCAAUACAAAUAUAUAUUGUGUGUGUUGUUUGUAACAGAACGGAUAUCAGUGUGUACAUGUUUGUACAUUGGCUAAACAAGCUGUAUUGUUGUCUAUGGCAAGAUGUGAAAGUGCUGUUGUUGUUCAGGAUUUCCACCAGAAAACAAUUUCCACAGGUAACAUCUGGGAAAAAGAGUUCAUCCAUAAGACUUUUGUGGGAUGGAAAUUUGCAUAAAAUGUCGAGUCCCUUAAUACAGUUACCCCUGGUAUGAAUACUUAGUGUUGUUGUAAUUGCAAGGGUGCCUGUGAAAGUUUGAGUAGCAUGUCACAUUGUCAUGUGUUCUAGGCAAGCUACAUAAAUAAUGGAUCACUCUGUCAUCUGUACAUGUGCAAGCUACAUAAAUGACAAAUCAUGGUGUUAGGUGUGCGAGCUACGUAAAUAGUGAAUCACAGUGUUAAUGCUACAGAAAUAAUGGGCCCCAGUGUCAUAUGUACAUACAUGAUCACAUGAAUAACACAUCGUAAAGUUUUCAUCCUACACAUUUCAGUAGACACGUGUAUAGUAAGCCUCUAUUUUCAUACUUGUUUAUGGUUACAUUAAUUAUAGGCCUGAUCAUUAUACAUACCGGCUCACAUAGGAGUACAUUAUAUCUCCGACACUGAUACCUGUGUACAUUAGUGUGACUGGGGGGAGGGGGGUGUUGUGGGUGGUGCAGCUACCCUCAUAUUAAAGUGUCCUUGUACAUGGUUAUAGCAGCAGGCCCCUGACAUCAUUAAUAACGUCCAGCUGCAAGAAGCCCCAUAGCUUGCCACUUGUGAUAAGAGCUGUACUCUCUUAUAUAACAACCACCAGCACUGUUACUGUUGUUGGUUUAUGCCACAUUGCUCAUCCUGCUGAUUGUGAGGAAGAAUCAAAGGCACAAAGGACUCUUCUGACGGAUCUGUGUCUGCCUUUUCAGAAAACUUGCCCAUUUCACAUGUAGGGAUACGUUAUCAAAAGCAAUACAUACAUCUGUGAGAGUAUUUUUAUGAAUGCACUUAAAGAGACGAGGUUUUAUCACGGAUAUGUGUUUUUUUUAUAUGGCACGAUAUUGCACCUUUCACAAAGGUGGUUCAGUUUAAGCUACAUUUGGAAGUGUGAUUCUCAGGCACUUUGUAAUAUUACUCUAAGAAUGAGCUUGCUCACUUUGUGGGGUUUGAGUACGUGGUGAGGAAUAUUUUAACCGUGAAUUUUGUUAAAUACAUUGGUGUGAGAGCCUUCAAUAUGGCUGGGAUUUUUAUAAGUGGGUGUUAAGGAUGAGAUAAAUGUGAGUAGCCCAACAUCAGCAGAGUUAUUUUGUAACUGAUACUUUGUAUGUGAGAAAAAUUGUCAUUUGUGUGCUGUUUAUAAUUGACCCCAGCUUUGUUAUCACUUGUAUGUCAUUGAUGUUUUUCUUUUUUUACUUUGUUCAAGGUGAAAAUCCUCAUGUAUAUACACAUAAAUGUUUAUGGUUUGUGACAGAAGAGGUUAGUGGUUUUGUCUUCGUUAUGACUGUCAUAAUGUACUUACUUACACAAGUAAGACUAAAUCAUAUGUUGUUGUCACACCAGAAUAUAUUUACUGCUAUCGUAUAGUUUUGUACCCUUGAUGAUCAAAGAAUCUUGUAUAUUUGUGUAGUAUACAAGAUGGGUCAUGGUUUAUACAGCAUACAGUGUAUGAGAUACACAAUACACACAAUUCCACCUCAUUUGUCAUAGCUUUUUACAGUUUAAAUGGCUACAGAAUCAAUUCUGAUUGGCUGGUGUGAGGGACAGGCAAGCCCAGGCUAUGCUUUGCCUAAGCUGAAGUUUAGGUGUGGUACAUUUAUUCAAGUGUGACCAAGGCUGCAAAACUUAACCAAGGAAAACCUCCACUGACAGCCAGUCAGCAUUGACUGUGUAUCCCUUUAAGGAAGAAGCAGGAUUUACUUUGUACAUUGGUUUGAGGGCGGGAAGGCUCAAGAUGGUUGGUAACUUUACAUGUGCAUAUUUGUCACAGAUGUCACAGGUGGGCGAUCAUGGAUGUUGUAACUUACAUACUCACACAAUUCCUGACUUUCAUGUCUGUAAUACCGUGAAAAUUCAGACAGGAAAACGUCAACAUUUUGUGGGUAUCCUUUGAUAAAUUGUUCUUUUUUCUCCAUAAUGUGAACUUGAAGGGAGACAUUAUGGAGGACCAUGAUCAAAUUGUGGUCAGUUUUUCAUUUCAAAGCCUUCCUGUCCUGAUCCGUCAACACUGUCUAAUAAGCUAUAUCCACAAAGGUGCUGUUGGAGCCAUGUACAUCAUCAACACAAAAAAAAAUUGUUUUUAGGUAUUUUACCCAACAUAAUAAUGUGAAACUAUUAAUUGGCCACAACUGUGAAACAUAUUUUCCCCCCAAAUUGAUGGUAAAAUCGAUGAUGGUGGUAAGAAAAACAUCUUGAAGUUGGCCUGUAUCUUUGUUACAUGUAGAAGACUAUAAAGACUUUGACUGUUGUGUUGAAUUAGGAUCUGUUACUGGUAGGUAGAGAUUUUUAUUUAUUCCAGGUGUGUUGAUUCUAGUUGUCUGUGAUAAUGUUAUUCUUCCUAUGUUAGUUUAGGGAUUUGCAUGAAGAGUCACAUAUUAUAAGUCACAUUUGAGUGCUGAUGUUUAUGUAGUUGUCUUGGUUUUAUGUUUCAUGCAAUAAUGUCUUAUAUCUCCCUACAGGUACUGAUACAUCCCAAAGGAAUUUUUGUAUCACUAGUAGGUGUUUUUCUCAACUUGAUUCACAAUUUUUUUUUUAAUCAAGGGCUUUUUAAUGCCAUCUGUAGUACCUGCAGUGAAGGUACAUGUAAGAAAAGUUCAGUUGUCAGGUCAGUGAGAACCUUUUGCAAUGGUGAUAGACUUCCAAAUUGUCUUAUGACACAUUUGUAAAGCUUCGACAGAAAGGUUUGUUCUGUAUUUUUUUCCUGAAUUUGAUGUCCAUCUAAAUUGCAUAAUGUGAGGAUGAUAUUGAGGGAACUGCUUGACUGAUUUGUAAGUAAGCACAUUGAGGGAACUGCUUGACUGAUUUGUAAGUAAGCACAUUGAGGGAACUGCUUGACUGAUGUGUAAGUUAGAACAUUAAGGGAAAUGCUUGACUGAUUUGUUAGCACAUUUGGCAAAUUUCACAAAACUGAAACUGAUACAUAAGAUGAUGCAGCCAAAUUUUGACAGGGAUGCAUUCUGUAUAAGAUGUGUUUAAAGAGAUUAAAAACGAAAACAGAAGAGAUGAUGGGUCCAAGUUGGUUUAAAGAUGAUAAAAUUUCCUCUUUGUGAUUUGGUGAAAUAAGAGUUUUCAUGAUAUUUAUAGUCAGUCUCCUCGCAGCAAUCAGAACAGCAAAACCAUGUAUGAAUAAAUUAAGAAUGUGAUUGUAGGAAUUGUCCACCAAAAACGUUUUGUUUUAUUGCUUUUUUGGGACGUUACGUUUAUUUGUUUUUGCCUUUGCCAUGCUUAUAAUUUUUUUUCUGUUUUAUGUUUUUUCCUUGCUUUACACAAUAUUUUGCAUCAGUUAAUAGAACUAUUGUAUCUCAUUGCAUAUAUGCAAUCAGUGGAUCAGAUGUAUCAAAUGUACUAGCUUAGGCAUGAUGCUGAUCACCACAUGUAAUUGUGCAGACCUGAUCACUGACUCACAAGUAAGCAUUAUUACCAUACAUGCACAAAAAAAAAAAAACAUUUCGGUGAAAAGUGCACAUUUUCCAUUCCAAGAUUUUCAGGAAGAAACACAGUGUGCUGAAAGCAUGUUAGUAUUUUGUUACCCGAGAUGUUGAUGUUACUGAAUGCAUGUCUUAGGAUGUAAUAUUACACUUUGUGAAGCUGCAGUCUCACAGUCAUCUGCCUUGAGUGGUUUUGCUUGCUCAUGGAUAUGCUCCAUGAGCAGUCAUUGAUAUGCGCCAUGAGCAGUCCAUGAGUAUCUUGUGUAAUCUUUGGUCUACAGGAGUUGAAUAUUAGUAGGACAUCAAAUUGUGUUAAGGUACAUUAAUGAAUAGAAGAUUGAUUUAAAGUCUUGUACUUCUAAGAGUACAUCAUCAUUUGUAUUAAUUUCAUAACAUAUGCUUAUGCUCAUUUGCUUACCUUUCUAUUAAUUAUCAAAUAGAUAAUAUGUUUUGGUGAAAUUUGUCUCAUGAUCAUUUUGUGACAUCCUCACAGCCAGGCCAUUUCUUUCUUGGUUUUAGAUGGUGAGAUUGUGUCCUCCUUAGGAUACACUACUGAUGUGGACAAAAGUUUCCCAGUUUUGGCUGGAUGUUUUUUGUUUUUUUUUCAUUACUAUUAUACUUUAUUAUUAUUAUUAUUAUUUCCUGUACUUGUACAUUUUGAUUGCUGUAUAUGCCACGUCAUGCUGAUGGCCAGUGACUGUUCAGUUUUCUGAGCAUUCCUACAUUCCUAUGGAACUCUCAGAUAAGGCAAAUUAGAAUCUCACUGUGUAUCCAUGGCGAUCUGAUCAAAUAUGAAUGUGAGCAUUUUCCCAUAUUUUCUGACAGUGUGACAUGAAGGCAUGGGAAAUUGCUGGUUGGUUUUAUUUGUGCACCAUUUGGGACCAAUGGUUAUUACAUUUUAUAAUAUUAUUAUACAUACAUAAAGUUGUAUACAGUUUGCUCUUCACAUGUUUAAGCAGCAUUUUAACCAAUAGCUUAAAGCAAUAUUUUAAACUGUAUCCUUAUUGAAAAUGCUUCAGCUUUUAUCUUUUCAUAACAUAUUUACACAUCUUUGAGUUUUACCGAUUAGCCUUUCAGUGAUGCGAUAUUGAAAGCAAUUCUGUUUUUAACAAUGUUUGGUUGGUAAGCUUCCGUGAAAUAUUGGGAUAAACAACAUGUAGUUUUGAUUGCAUGGUUUAGUGCUUGGAGUAAAUGGAUAUAAAUUGUCAUGUUCUAAGGUAAACAUGCACCUGUACAAAAGAAGAGAUUACUCAUCAGUUUGCUUCAUUAUUUACGUCAACUGAUUGCUUAUAUCCUUUGUUUUAAAUUCAUUUAGUUUUUAUCAUCACAGUGUUGUGAAUUUUCACUGUAUAAUAGAAAAAAGGCGAAUCGUGUGGUAUCAAAUGUUGUAAAUAUAUUCAUUUUGUAACAUUGUUAUAACAGUUGCAAUCACAAGGGGUUAUCACAUUAUUCCUUGGUUUAGAAGAUUGAAGGUGUAAUGUUACUGGCCACAAAUACCGUUAAUACCUUAUCUGUUACCAGUGGUUCCCAUUGUUAUGUCUUUACAUAGAACUGACGAUUUCAAUCUAGAUUUGUACCUUGACAGCCAGAUUUUAUACCAGUUAAUGCCUUAGUUUGUAGCCAGUCCAGCCAUAUCAGUAAAUAAAUAAAAAAGCCCAAUGUAUCUCA